AUGAUAACGCCAUCUAGUCCUCUCCGCAACCUGCUUCUUGUUUCACUUUGUUAUCUCUCCGUGUUCAUGAAGACUGGAUCUGUGCCGAUUUCGCUCGACGAGCACCCGGGCCACACGCUCGCUGAGCCCGCUGGCCACCCUGCUGCUCUCGUUUCCCGCCGUGAUCCGGGCACGAGCCACAGCACGGCCGGACGUCAAGGCGGGGAUGGCGGCCUGGACAGGCUUGCAACGCCGAGUCAGCCGGAACCACUCGAACGGAGAGCCACCAAUGGCGUGGACGUGGGGGUGCAGCUCGAUCUGCCUUUGCCCGGCUCGCUGGGUGGCUCCAGCCUGGCCCGCCUGAUCGAUAACGUCAUUCCUAGCAUUCCGAAUGUCGUAGGAUCGCUGUUUCCCGGGUCUUUGUACAAUCGUCCAGGCUUUCCGAUCAUAGGUGGUCAACCGGCAGCCGCAAGAACGAGGGACCCCCCCAAUAGUACUCCUAAGACUCCCGGGAUCCCUCCUCAGGGGCUGGGCAUCGAUCUUUGUACAUGGGACAUGGGUUACCCAAGUUGCUAUUAUUAG